AAUGUACUUGGAUGGGGACUUUUUCUGGUGUGCGACGCCGCUUCCAUUAGAUAAUAAUGAGGAUGAGAAGAUUGUAUGCUUCGACUUUGCCAGGGAGGUAUUCAAGUCUACUUCAUUUCCGAACGCUAGUGUUAUCGGGAAUUUCUACAGUUGGAAGAUGACUCUCACCGCGCUGAAUGGGUCUAUUGCUAUGCUCGUUUAUCCUUUUGGGAAGGAGGUGGAGAUGUUGUGUUUUGAUAUAUGGGUUUUGUUUGAAUUUGGUGUUAGGGAGUCGUGGACUAAGCUUAUUAGAAUUGGACCCUCUUUGGAUUUGGAAAGGCCAUUGGGAUUUUGGGGGUUUGGAAAGAUGUUUAUGGAGAGCAAAGAAGGGCAGCUGGUCUUGUAUGAUCCUUCUACAAACACAGGCAAGAUUUUUCCAUUUGAUGGGCUUAAGGGAUCGUUACAAGUUGCUCUCUACACUGAGUUUUGGGAAACAGACGAGGAAACAAGCGAGGAAGACGGUGGUGAGGUCCAAGAGGAGGUGAAUCAAUGAGGUCUUUUUAGUUAACCGCAUAUAGUUCUCAUAACAAAGUAAGAGAAGCAAGAUCAACAACAUCAGAUCAAAAGGACCACGAAGGCACGAACAAAGUCAGACUCUCAAGAAGAAAACUGGAGACUACAUAAACAAAC